UCGCAAGAACUCAGGGAUCCGCCAUUCGCCCGGCUGCAGUUCUGCACUCGGCUUAUAGCGCAUCUCUGUCUCGCAUGCAUCCACCGUCGCCCAUUACCAACGGCUCGAUCGCCGCACUCUGUCCAGCCAUUUGUCGCAGCACACCCACCAGGCCAUGCAAUCUGAACAGCAUCCAGAGUCAACCUCGCCCUCGGCCAAAGCGCCGCCCUUUCUGGCCGAGGGCAAUCUCAGCACGGACUCGCUCGCAGAUGAGGCCACAGCGCUACUGUCCCAGAUUCAGCACAUCGAUUCGGAGCCGGUUGUGACCUUUGAAAUCUGGAGGAAGGAAGUCAAGCAAAUCAGAAAACUGGCCUGGCCCAUAUCUGCCGGAUCACUCCUGCAAAUGUCCCUCGGACUCACAACCGUGUUUUCGCUCGGCCAUCUGGGAACCAAGGAACUGGCCUCGGGCUCGCUGGCCUUUAUGUUCUGCAACAUCACCGGCUUCUCGAUCGGCGUGGGCAUGUCAACUGCGCUCGACACACUCUGCUCCCAGGCACAUACGGGCAGCAAAGAUCCCCACGCCCUUGGCAAGCAUCUCCAGCGGGGACUUGUGGUCAUGGCUGGACUGUUUAUCCCGGUGGCGAUACUCUGGUUCUUCACCGAUCAGAUCCUGGUUCUGCUUGGACAGGAGGCCGAGCUUGCUCAUUUGGCGGGACAGUACGCCAAGUGGACAACCAUAGGGCUGUACCCCCAGUUUAUUUAUGAAUGCCUGCGUCGAUAUCUCCAAGGCCAAGGGAUCAUGCAAGCCAGCUUCUAUGUGACCCUAGUCGCUUCGCCUAUCAACAUGCUCUUGCAGUGGCUAUUGGUGUGGUCUCCGGUUGGAAUCGGAUACAUCGGAUCGCCAAUAGCCGGAGCCAUCACCUACUGCCUGCUCCCGAUUUUCACGUUGGCCUAUAUCGCAUUUGUGGAUGGCAAGAAGGCCUGGGGCGGCUGGGACUGGAAGGAAGCUCUCGAUGUCUCUCAGAUCGUCGAGUUUAUCAAGCUUGGGGCACCCGGCGUUGCGAUGGUCUGCAGCGAGUGGUGGGCCUUUGAGAUCAUCACCCUCGCCACUGGGCUCCUGGGCGAUUCGUAUCUCGCUGCGCAGGCGGUUGUCUUGAACACCUGCUCGCUGAUGUAUAUGAUUCCCCAGGGAAUCUCGAUCGCAGCCACGACGCGCAUUGGUAAUGCCCUCGGAGCCAACUGCAAGAACCGUGCCCGUCUCGACGCCUGGACUGCGCUGUCGAUCGGACUGAUGAUCGGAUGUUUCAACUCGACGAUCUUGUUCCUGAUCCGCGAGAAGUGGGGAUAUCUGUGGAACAACGACCCCGAAGUCGUCAAGCUGAUUGCAGAAAUCCUGCCGCUGGGCGCCAUGUUCCAGAUCAGCGACGGCAUCGGCGUGAUUGCGGGAGGAAUCCUUCGUGGAUGCGGCCGGCAGCACAUUGGGGCAUACAUCAAUCUUGCUGGGUACUAUGCAUUGGGCAUCCCGCUCUCUCUGCUCCUUGCCUUUCGGUACAAUCUGGAGCUGGUUGGUCUCUGGAUCGGACUGACAGUGGGCUUGUUUGUGGUGUCGAUCAUUCAGAUCCUGAUCAUCUCGCGAACGGACUGGGAAGAGGAAGCCCGAAGGGCCCGUGAGCGAGUCCGCUCGAGGGAAUACGACGAACAGGCUUCAAGCUCGCACACCUCGUAUGGCACGGCGCCUCAGGGCUCGACAGGCGACGUGGAGGACCACGGCGUUGGCAGCAGCCACGACCCGCUAUUGGUUGUGACGAUCGAAGAGAGCGACUAGCGGUCCUGUCCCACUCCCGAUGUCGGUUCUGGGACUGCAGAGAGUGCGCAGGUCACUGUCGCGGCUCGAUCGAUUGUACUGGCGCUGGUGGCAGCUCCUGCUUCUGUCCUCCACCGCCCAAUAC